AUGGCGGAAGGCCUGCAAGAAGGACCGAUGGCGAGCCAGCAAUUUGGCAACACCGUCGUCGACCAUGGAAGUCGCUUGUUCCAAGGCAUUGUACAUGGAGAUAUACACCUUGGCCCCCGCGAAAGUCGACUCCACUCUCUCGACAUUGCCUCUGGGGCCACAUUCGAUGCCGCCAACAAGCAGAAUUCGCCUUCCUGUCUCGAGAACACAAGAGUGGAUCUCCUUCAACAGAUUGAGUCGUGGAUCGAAAGUCACGACGAGAAACGAAUAUACUGGCUCAGGGGCAUGGCCGGAACUGGAAAGUCCACCAUUGCCUUGACAAUUGUCAGCCGAUAUGCAGAGAAAGGACGUCUCGGUGCAAGUUUUUUCUUUUCAAGAGGUGGCGGUGAUCUGGGCUCGGCAAAGAAGUUCGUUCCGACUAUUGCUGCCCAACUGGCGGAAGCUGUGCCCGGACUUCACGAGUGCAUCGACCGUGCUCUAGAAUCGAAUCGUCACAUCUUUGACCUGGGAGUUUACAGCCAGUGGCAGAAAUUGGUCCUUGAACCGCUUGCACAACUCGGCAAAGAUACGGUUAUGCAUCCCAUAGUGGUCGUGAUCGAUGCCCUGGACGAAUGCGAUGAUGACAAUGAUAUCGCUCUCCUGGUAAAGUGCUUCGAGGGCGCUACAACGACCGAUAACAGUCCACUACGGCUAUUCAUCACUAGCCGGCCCGAGUCACUCAUAAAUCAUGCGUUUGAUGAUAUUCCACGUCAUACACACAAAGAUUUUGUCCUUCACAAUAUUGAAGAUUCUAUCGUGGAUCAGGACCUCACGCUAUUCUACCAAGACCGCCUUUCGAAAAUAGCUCAACGUUUUCACCUUGAUGCUACGUUGUACUCUGAGGGUACUAUCCAAAUCCUAGUACAAAAAUCUCAUCGUCUGUUCAUACAUGCAGCUACUGUAUGCCGCUUCAUUCAAGAGGGUAGAGGACUCGCUGGCCAACGCCUCGCUCUACUCAUCGACAGAGGAAACGCGUCACUAAGGUCCGAGAGGGAAUUGGAUCAGAUGUAUACAACUGUCCUUACACACUCAUGGUCCACGUCAGCACACCUCGAACCACAAGAAAGUGCUGAUUUGAAGACCUUGUUCAGUGGCAUUGUCGGCUCAAUUGUGGUGCUGUUCGAUGUUGUGAAUGUACUUGAGCUGGCAACAAUCCUUGACAGAUCAGUAGAUGAAGUUGGUCGGAUAUUGCGUUCAUUCCACUCGGUACUCGACGUUCCCGAGGAAGCAACAAAGCCUAUCCGUCUUCUCCACCCUUCCUUUCGAGAUUUUCUUCUAGACCGAUCAAGAUGUAAGGCGGAACCCUUUUCCAUCAACGCCGAAGAAAUCCACCGUCUACUCCUUGGGAACUGCCUCCGUCUAAUGAAGUUCCACCUCAAGCGCAACAUAUGCAAUCUCAAUCACCCUGGAGUCCGCGCCCGCGACGUACCCAAAGCGACUGUGAGCGAUUCCAUCCCUCAUGAAAUUCAAUAUGCCUGUCGUUAUUGGCUUCAUCACUUGCAAAGAAUUGGUUUCGAUGCAAAUGUGAAUGACCAACUGGAGAAAUUUUUCACCACUGAUUUCCUUUACUGGCUUGAAUGCCUUUCGCUACUCCACCGACUGCCAGACAGUGUUACCAUGAUCAGGUUAUUGGACAUGAGGCUUUCUGGCUCUACAUCACCUGCACCAGCUGCGUCAUGGAUCUCAAAAAUGAAGCUGAAGUGGCAGGGGAAAACCAGCCGGCCGCCCUCACUAUCCGAUAUUGUUCACGACGCGAUGAGGUUUUUACUCUAUCAUGGCUCAAUCAUCGCAGAAGCUCCUUUACAAAUAUAUUGCUCAGCUCUGGUGUUCAGUCCUGAUAUGAGUAUUAUACGAAAACUUUACUCGCAUCUGAUUCCAACAUGGGUCACAUGCCAAAACAUAGGUCGUAUCGAUUGGAGUGCUCAUCUGCAAACUAUCGCUCUGAGAUACGCUGGCGAGCAAAUUAUAUUCUCGCCUAACGGUCAGCUGAUUGCGACAUCUUCCAGUGGAUAUAUACAAGUCUUCAUUGCAGCAACAGGAACAGAGCAGGCGAAAAUUCUGGUCCCAUACGAGGCCCAUCAUAGUCGAGUGUCCGUGGCAUUCUCACCAAAUAACCUCUUUUUGGUGUCUGGGACAAGCCAUGGGGUGAUACAGGUAUGGGACGUACAUACAGGAGAACAACAGUUGGCAGUCAUUUGGCCAGAUCUCAAUCAGGACGAUAGGUUGACAGCUGUUGCAUUCUCGCCAGAUGGCCAAUUAAUAGCGGCGGCAAAGAAUUGGAAAGAAGUCCGUCUUUGGGAUAGGAGCACAGGUCAAGAACACUGUUUCACCUCGGGAAACUCGGACUGGCUGAAGCGCAUUGUGUUUUGUGAUGAUAGCUUCUUGACUACUACGGGGUCGAAUAAACAAACCCGCACCAUCCGGCUUUGGCACAAGGCUCCGUAUCUGGUAGGCGAAAAUCGGGACACACACCUCGCAGCAUUUUCAUCAGAUCUUCGACUAGCAGCAGUAUCUCGUCGCAUCUCGUCUGGUAUACAACUCUGGGAUAUAUCUACAUCAGAACAUAUGCACAGACUCAAACGACCAUAUUAUCUGCUGGAUUCCUUAACCUUUUCGCCAAACAGCGAGAUUCUAGCGGUAACAUCGUCGGCAAACAUCACAUUGUUGGACACAAGCACUGGUACAAGACUCUACGAAUUUGAAGACAAUUCUUCCGUCAACGCUCUCGCGUUUUCCCCGAACGGCCAGUUGGCCUCGGUGUCUAGGGACAAUACCAUACGCCUUUGGAGUAUGGUUCAAAACUGGAAACAACGAUCAAUCAAGGAUGACACAAUCCGAACAUAUGGCAACGCUAUCGCAUUAUCGCGCGACGGAAGCAAGGUGGCGUCAAUCUCGGGGUCUUCCCAAGCGAUCAUCCAAGUUUGUGGUAACAUGGCGGAUCCCAUGUUGCACGUGUACAGAGUCCCUUGGAAGAAUUCUCCCUUCUAUAAUGCGAUCAAAUUCUCUGAUGAUUGCCUCUACAUAGCAAUUGCACUACCUAGUCGUGGGGCAGUUUUGGACGCUGGUACGGGCCAUAUCCGAUGGUCUAUACCACUCAGGGAAUAUAGGCAAUUUUACAAAGAGAAAUUCCCUGUGUCCCUCGAAUUCUCGCCGGACAGCCGACUGAUCGCCUCUCAAACAAGAAACAUGUUAGAGGUCUUCGAUGUCGUGACGGGAAAGUUGAAGUACGACUUCGAACGGCCCCCUCAUCUCAGAGAAGAGGAUAGGAACUACGCUAGCGCGUUUUCGCCAGACAGCUGCCUGCUUGCAUGUAUGAUGGGUCAUGAGGUCCGUAUACUGGACGCAAGUACAGGUCAGGUAAAACACUGUGAUGCAUUGAGACCGGGAUCAAAGCACACUAUCUUCUUGACAGGCGCCAUCCAAUUUUCGCCAAAUGGUCGACUGAUUGCAGUGGGAGGGGCUUUUGAUGCCAUCACCCUUUUCGAUGCGGUGACUGGGAGGUCGAUAUCCACGAUUCAGAUACUUUCGCUCAAAGCCGUUGUGCGCAUCAUGUUUUCACCAGAUAGCCGACUGCUGCUGUCCCUCUGUAGAACUGAGCAGGCCAGCCUUUGGGACGUGACUACAGGCAAAUUGCUGUACACGAUUGAUUACGCACACUGGAAGGAUAUCAUCGUGACCUUUUCGCCGGACAGCCAACGAAUGUUCUGGAGUACUCGGCGCGGCAACAUUUAUCUUUGGGACUUGGUCAAGUGCGAGGAACACUGGAUCACCUGGAACUUGCCCAUUCUCGAGGUCAUGUCGGUCUCCCCUUGUGGGGCUUAUCUCAUCACGGAACGCGGCACUCUUGGGCUGCCUUGGCUUCGUCCCCAUCCAUUAUCUCACACCUUUGCAUUUGAGGAUUGGAUAACAAAUGAUGGAAAUGAGCUGAUAUAUAUCCACCACGAUUACCGGGACCGCGUGCAUUUUGUUCAGGGAAAUUCCGUCUUCUUUGACAAUCGGCCGGGUUCUUUUCUUCGCAUCAACACAUCGUCUGACUUUGCAGUUGGCCAAGAUAUCCCAAAAGAUCGGCACAAUCGAGAGGGUUCGACUUCUGGUGAUGGAUGA